GUGCACUUUCACCACUCAUGGCGACUAAUCUCUAUGUAAUUGACAAUCGACACACUCCGUUUUUGCCUGCAGGGCCAUGUUGUUGUCGCGUUUGAGCGCCUGAAGGAUGCCAUGAGGCACUCCAAUUGUUGGUUAUAGGCAGCUAUAUUGAUAGCCAAAUAUAGCAUUCAAUCAUCGAAUUCAUCCGAAUCAUCCUUCAACCAACGUUUAUAUCAUAUACAUAUUGCACUGUGCUCAGUUACCUUCUCCUUCUUUCCUCAUUGUUUCGACACGACAUACCUUCAAUUCACGUAACUACCACCUUAUACCUGAAACCUAACGAGGUUUUUCAGUCAUGACUGUCAUGUUUGUGACCAUGAGGCGCAUUGGAUAUAUAACUGCGUUUCUACUCUCUGCGGCUGUCCUCGGAUUGUCGGCCAACUUCGCAAGAUUAUUCCUCCCGCAUAUCAAUCGUGAUUUCGUUAUCUUUGCCCUGAUUCCACCAUCAGCCACCAUCUUCGCAUUUCUAUGGAUAAUGCAGUUCUCGCAGCCGAUAGUGGAGGUGACGCUCCACUUCAUCGUCGGUGUAUUGUGGCUAGCAUUGGGUGCAUGGUCUGCGGAUGUGAUCGGAUAUCAGCAAUGCUACCCACUCCAAACACAGCAGCCUACAACCAAAGGAAGUAUCUCUUCGCGAUCAUAUUGCUACCAAAUGAAGGUCACUGAAGCCCUAUCGUGGACUCUAUUCGUGUUAUUUGUAUUCUUCUUCACUAUCCUGAUCACGCUUACGUCGCGUGCGGUCGUUUGUGGCCGGUACUAUGCAUGGCGGGAACAUAUCUCGCAGCUAGGCUGGUUUGGAGAAUUUCCAGGAUACCCCACUGAAGCCAUAUACCCGCGAACCCCAAUGUAUGGAGGAUACGGUCAGCCAUAUCCAAUGAUGGGAGCAUACCAUGUUCAACAGAUGCCUGGUCACUCCGUCGUGGUUCAGCCAGGUGUUAAUGGUGGCCAGCCUAUGGUCACUCACAUGCCGGCCUAGGUGUUAACAUUGGAAAUCAUACAUACUUCUAUGUAUGCCUGCAGAUUCGACGUGUUGGAACGAGAGCCCACGAUAUUUUCUGAUUGUACUUUUAUUGUACUUAGAGUACUUGGCACACACGAUUUGCCAAUGUCGGCUGGUCCCGGAACUAUUACGUAGAACAAUUGAUGGAGAAUGAAAUGUGUACCUCGUGUCC